GUAGUACUGUGUAGCUUCACAUAAACACAGGAGGACACACAAUGCUCAGCUGGCAGCCCCGAGGACGCGAGCUGGAACUUCCCUCAGCGUCCUGCUCCUCGUCUGUCAUGCUGCCCUCUACUUUUUGAAUGUAUAUUAACCACAACAGCCAAACGAUGAGAGGCACCAUGAAGAGGAAGUUUGCAGAGGUCGACGAGUAUCCCUGCUACCCUUCCUCCUCCUCCUCCUCCUCCUCCUCCUCCUCCUCGUCUCCAUCAUCGCUCUCCUCCCCGGCCUCCUCAGAGUGGGAGUCGGACGGGGAGAACAUCUCAUCUGAGACCCGAGGUUUCAGACCUCACAGUCCUUCUUUACCCAACACUCUGCCGAGUCGGUCCAUCCUGAAGAGGCACGAGCGCACGGGCACCCGCUGCAGCGUGCGCUUCCACCAGGUGACGGUGUUCAGUUUCCCACGCUGCCAGGGCUUCACCAGCGUGCCCGGCCGUGGCGGCGCCACCCUGGGCAUGGCGCGAAAGCACAGCGCCCUCCAGUGGUACACCGUGGCAGAUCACGCGCUGGAACAGCAGCACAGGCGGAGAGAGCGGCUGAGGGAGAGGGCGAGAGAGGAGAGGCUGGAGGCGUUCAAAAAGAAACUGGUCACCAGUGGGGCCGUCGACCAGCGAGAGGCGGACAUGCUCACCGUGGACCAGGUCCCGGACGAAGACGCCGGCGUGCAUGUGAGCGACGCCGAGGCGGACAAUCGGGGAUUCCUCCAGCCGUUCUCCUCCAAACAGCGACAGGCCCUGCUGCAGGCCGCCGGGGUGAAGCACAUCGACCGGGAGGAGAAGAGGCAGCUUCACGCCCUGCGACUCUCCAGAGAGGCCUGUGGGUGUGACUGCCAGGGCUUCUGCGAACCGGAGACCUGCGCCUGCAGUCUGGCAGGCAUCAAGUGUCAGGUCGACCGCUCCAGCUUCCCAUGUGGAUGCUCUAAGGACAGCUGUGGAAACACUCAGGGACGCAUCGAGUUCGACUCCAGGCGUGUGCAGACUCACUACAUUCACACCCUCAUGAGGCUUGAGCUGCAGACCACGCUGCACGACGAGACCCGGACCCCAGAGAGCCAGUCGGAACCUCCAGAGGAGCUCCAGGAGUACGAGGAUCCCUCCGAGCAGGACGCCCCAGACAGCUGCUGUCCAUUUGGGUUUGCGCUGGAGGAAGACGGCCUGCCUCUCACCAUGCCUCCUACGCCUUCCUUCCAUUUCAUCCCAGAGUGUCUGGUGGAGGAGGAGAGCAGCUGCGGCAGCGACAUGACCGAGUUCUCCUCCUCCUCUGACUCCGACACGGGACGAUACAUCAGCGAGACGCUUCUGGAGGUCGAUGGAGGACCGACACGUGCGCAUUCUCUCUGUGACUGUAAAAACAAUAAGUACUCUUCGUGCAGCCACCGGAGACACACAGGUGACAGUAGCAGCUCUGCAGACACAGUGGGACCACGGAAAGACGACUUGUUCACUGACGGCACCGGCUGGACCUCGGUGACUGGUUACCUCGAGGAGAACGCGAAUCAGGCCCGAGACAUCUUUGAAGACGACUCCCUGCAGGACUUCCCCAGGACUCCCUCUCCCAGUCUGGACUAUUCCUUAGGCGCAUACAUGGACCUGAGUCUGUCGUCCGGCUCUGACCUGGAGUUCUUCGACAGCGACUACCCCUCUGGACCAAUGCACAGCUCUUUCAAGGGACACAGACACACGGACAGUUUUCAGCACCUCCAGCUGUUCAGCGCUUUCAGCCGGCCGUCAUACGAGUCGAGCACACAACUCCUGGAGUCUCUCAUCGGCCUGACCGAACCGAGCACAGAGCAGAUUUACUCAGUCGCCGGCACACAGCUUUUGUAGCACAUUUCCACCGUCUCUGUGACGCAACGCGAGGCUCUGUGAGAGAAUGAGAUGUAAACAGCACUGGUUUCACGUGUUUGUGUAAAGUUAUGUUAAUGUACAAAGAAUGAUUGAUAGCAUAUUUUCACCAAGCAGAACACUUUUUCUAUUGCCUAAGAAAUGAUUUGCCUUUGUUUCAAUGAAAUCACACUUGACGAAUUAAUAUAUGUUCUGGGUAUUUUUAUAAACUUUUAAAAUGAUCACUGAUGUUCUAUUUAAUUUCAUUUAUCCAUGUUCACCUUAUUUAUUUCAGAAACAUGGAAAUUAUGUAAUUCAUUCAUGAAAAGGAGGUGCAAUGAAGCCAAUUCAACAUUGCGCAUUGUCCCAAGGUAUCACUAAAAACAGCUGUAUUCUGCAGGAAGAUGAUUAAUGUAAAAAAAAUUAUCCAUUUUCCACACGAUCUGCAUGAUCUGAUUCUCCAGGUUGUGAAGGAGUUUUAAUCACUGCCAGGCUCACCAUGGAUCAUCCACCAUGUGUUUAACAGUUUGUUUGAAAUAUUUCUGUACCAGAGAAAUAAAGUGAAGUUUUUGUAUUUA